AUGGGCCAGCACGAGAAGGACCUUGCGGCGGUGCUGAUUCAGCUGGGGCUUGAACGACCUUCGCGGAGCAACCCCGUCGCUGGGAGCGAGUCUCUUCCGAUACCCGCCGAGGGUCUUGCCAACAACAACGCGGGACGGGCGAAUCCGGCUUGGCCCUCUCCCAUGAAAAAAGCACCGCAGGACCAACUCCAAUCGACGGGGGGCAGCAGGCAGGGACAAGGAGAUGCUUCCGUUUUGGGUGCAGGUGGUGGUGUCGAUCACGUUGCCGUUCGUGGAAUAGCAGAAGACGCAAGUGUCGCCGGCGGCGGACCCACUACUGGGAAGGCCCUAGGGCGGGAUGCGCAGGGUAUUGGGAAAGGGGCGGCUGGAGGGGUGACUAAAGAAGGGGCGAGGGGGGCAGCGGAAGGGGUCGCCGUGUGGAACGCUUACCAGCGCGGCAAGUGGGUCAACGGUCAAUGGGUUCCAACGGUUCUACAGGAUGACACCAGUCCCGAUCUUUCCAAACUAGCAAUGACGGGUAAGAAGCAGCGCCGUGUCCUCCUCUUGUCCGAGAAACGCUCGGGAGGGCAAGCCGUGGGCGGCGUUCUCAACGCCGACACCCGUGUGUUCUACGUCGCUGAUCCCUGCCGCAUGGGCGGAGGGCCCGAGGCCUUAGACGCGGGGGCAUGUUCGCUGGCCGUGACGAGACUGCUGGCGUGCCAGCCAACCACCAACGACAUUCGCAACCUCUUCUCGUUCUCGUAUAUUGUGGAGAGGAGCCGAGUCUUAUCAGAGUCUGAGGGUUUGAGGUGGAAGGCGGGGGGUACACCGGACGAAAACGACGAGGAGACCAGGGCUGCGGUGAUUCGACAAUGCCGCCUCAGCAGCGUCGUCGUUGUCAAGGAGACCCGGCUUGCGGAGGUUGCACCCAGACUAUCAACGCCAGAGUUGGGUUUAGAGUUUCUGCACAUCGUGCGCGACCCUCGGGCUGCCAUCCAUGGAAUGGCAGAGCUAUGGGAAAAAUCCGAGAACAAGAUGGAGCGGUCCAUGGCACGGGAUUGCUCCGACGUGGCAUCCAGACUCUGCACGUUGACCGAGAACAAGCUCAAGUUCUUGACCUUGCUUGGCAAGCAGCGUUUCCGGGUGCUCAAGCACGAGAUGGUUACGGAAGCCAUCAGAUCGACGUCUAUGCGAGGUUCAGCCGACAAACCUCCGGGGACAGCAGUGACGGGGAAUAGCUCAAAGUCCACCAUGGGAGGCUUCGAUUGGGCUACCAGAUGGGCCGUCGAGAUGCCGACCUUUCGGCGGCAACAAGUCCAGCUCGCCUGCCAGCCUCUCCUUGUGGCGCUGGGCUACGACGACCCCGAAGAUCCGGAGGAACAGCAGGGCGCAGGGGAGGACCGACAGGAAGAGUCCCAGGGAGAAUCAUCAUCCGAAGAGCUCAGCACGGCCUUCGAUGGAACCAGCAGCCACCUCGGCGCAGACGGCACCGACUUUGGAAGUUCGAUGACCGAUGGCGUCAAAAGGGUUGGGCACGGUGGUGGCGGCGCGGAAAAGUUGCGGGCCUCGUCGGCCUUGCCGUCUUCCUCUCUCUCUGCUACGACUGCUGCGAGGAACCCUGAAAGUGUUGCUGCUGCGGCGGAUACCAUCUUACCCGGUCACGAUGCCAUCGCGAGGCAUCACGGAUGA